UGUGGAAACUGAUGAUGCCAGAGGCCAGAUAAUUGAAACAGAAGGAGCACAAUUAGCAGUCUAUGGUCAGCAAGAGGUGGCCACACCUGGUGGGGAGCACAGACCCAUGGAGAGCCUCUCACAAGCUCCUCACAGUGGUGGCAGUCACUGGAAGGGGCUCCUGAUCACAGCCUCCAUCCUCAGCUACUGGAUCCAGCCAACAUCUUCUCAAGGUACUCCCAUCAGCAUUGUGCCAAAACCUCCCUAUGGGACAGUGGGUGGCAAUGUGACCUUGGCCAUCCAGGGGUUCUCACAGAAGGCUCUCAGUUAUACUUGGUACUGUAACACAACAGACACCUCCGAUAUGAUCAUUAGCUACCGUGUUCUUACUGGAGUACAGACAAGAAGAAAUAUCCGGAAGACAGUGCUCCCCAAUGGUUCCCUGUUCAUCUCCAACCUCAGCCUCAGUGACACUGGUCUCUCCAUUUUGGAAGUUGUUGAUUCCAAAGGCCAGAUAAUGAAAACAGAAGGAGCACAAUUAGCAGUCUAUGCAGAAAAGUCUACAGGAAGAAGUAAUGUCUCUUCACUCUCUGGAGGAACCAUCACUGGCAUUGUGACUGGAGUCCUGGUUGGAGUGGCUCUCAUUGGGGCUCUCAUCUAUUUCCUGUUGUACAGAAAGACUACAGGGUAG